UUCUGAGAUGGCAUCCGGCAGAUGCAUUUUGCUAUGUCUGCGGCCAAUUUAUCAAGACAAGAACAAAAAAGGACUCUGUGGAAGCAUCUGCUAAGAUGUGUGAGGCCUACAAGGAAUAUUUCGGCAUGCCUGUCGGGGAUCAAGACAAACCCUGGGCACCUAAUUUCAGCUGCGAGCAAUGCAAAAAUACUUUGGAAGGAUGGUACAGAGGGGAAAAGAAAGCCAUGAAGUUCGCUAUCUCAAGAAUUUGGCGGGAACCCACUGACCACUCCAUCAACUACUACUUCUGCAUGGUGGACCCUUCCAAACGUCGGACUGGCAAAAAUGCACCUUCUAUCACGUAUCCGGACCUUCCUUCAUCCAUUGCCCCGAUGCCACACUGCCAUGAGCUACCCAUACCCACUCCUCCGGAGAGAGAGCAGCCGUCUUUAGAAGAGAGCGAUGAAGACGUAUAUGCAGAUGACAAUUUCAGAGGUACAGCUGAGGAGAGAAACCCAUACUACCCCAACCAAAAAUACCUCAACGACUUUAUCAGAGAUUAUGGUCUCACCAAGUCCAAUGCCAAGCUUUUGACGCCCAGGCUCAAGCAGUGGAACUUGUUGGAUGAAAGUGUGCAAGUCGCAAAUCAGAGGAAGCGUCACCAACCUUUUUGCAGCUUCUUGACCCAUCAAGAUGGGCUCUGCUUCUGCCACAAUGUGACCAGUCUGUUCGAGGCAAUCGGAAUCGUCUGUAACCAGAAUGAGUGGCGCCUCUUAAUUGACAGUUCAUCCAGGAGCCUCAAAGCCAUGCUGCUCCAUAAUGGUAACAAGUACCCGUCUCUUCCCCUGCCUCACACGGUGCACCUCAAAGAGGAUUACAACAGGAUCAAGACUUUGCUGGACGCCUUAAAGUAUGAUGAGUACGGCUGGGAGGUCAUCGGAGACUUCAAAAUGGUGGCAUUCCUGAUGGGUUUCCAAGGCGGUUUUACCAAGUUUCCCUGCUAUCUUUGCCUUUGGGACAGCAGGGACACCAAGGUGCACUACCACAGGCGGGACUGACUACAAUAGACUGAGUUCUCUGUGGGGAGGAACAACAUCAAGUGGAAGCCACUGGUGGACCCCCAGAAGGUGCUGAUGCCACCACUGCAAUUUGUCAGAGCUGUAGAGAAGGAGUCGGCAGCCUUCAAAUACCUUUAAGACUUCUUCCCUAAGCUGUCUGAGGCAAAGGUCAAAGCCGGUGUCUUCGUCGGACCACAGAUAAAGAAGAUCCUGGAGUGCAAUUAAUUCCCCAAGAAGCUCAUUAGUCAGGAGAAAGCGGCUUGGAACAGCUUUGUCGCAGUGGUUCGUGGCUUCCUGGCAAUCACAAGGUCGAAAACUAUGUGGAGCUCGUUGAGACUCUGGUGUAGAACUAUGGCACAAUGGGCUAUAGGAUCUUGAUUUAAAGCUUUCGGGACUGCAGGAAUUUAUAUUUUUGGGUCUUUCGGUAAAGUCACGUAGAUUGGUUCAAAUAAAAUACCAAAAAAUAACAAAACCUAUGACGUUUCGAUCGCAACACAAGCAUUCAUCAUCAGGAAGAACAAAGAGGGGGACAGCUGCUGAGGCAGUAUUUUUUCUUCCUGAUGACGAACGCUUGUGUUGUGAUUGAAACGUCAUAGUUUUUGUUAUUUUUGUUAUUUUCUUUGAACCUAUCUACGUGACUUUACCGAAAGACCCAAGGGCUGUAGGAUGUCCCUCAAAGUCCAUAUCCUUGAUGCUCAUGUUGAUAAAUUCAAGGAGAACAUGGAAGCGGACUCGGAGGAGCAAGGCGAGCGCUUCCACCAGGAUAUACUGGACUUUGAAUGCUGCUACCAAGGACAGUAUAACGAGAACAUGACGGGAGACUACAUUUGGGGGCUGAUUCGUGAAAGUGAUUUACAGUAUAAUCGUAAAUUUCGAAAAAGUACUCGCUUCUCAAAUUUUUGUCGUAAUUUUUAUAUUACUUUUGUAGUAAGUAUAUGGAGGCUUGACGACAGGAUCGGAGACACACUUAUUUAUUACACCAACACAGUUAUUACAGGUCACUUGGCUACAGGGAUUUCUCGACAGCUAACCCCUCUAACCUAUACCAAUUCCUCCACUACGGGACUAGGGGAGGCUAUCUGUCCCAGCUUGGUUAAGCUGGGAUCCCGGCUCCCUGAGUCACCAGACCAGCUUCGUCUGGGCUCUCGGGGCCACGCCACCGGCUUGCCCUGGUCGGCCCUUAUAAGGACAGCGAGCCAGGGGAGCUCUGGGGCCUACACUAGCAGGUCUUCCGUCUUCUCUGGUUAAAGCUGAGUCCCGACCUCGAGCCCUCGAGCUCAUCACCUUUUAUAGGACUCCCCCCGAGGGGGGGCCCGUGGGGGAUGCACAUUCGGACGUCGGUGCGAGCGCCACCCUUGUGUACGGCCGUAACCCCGCCCCUUGUGUUUGUUGGCCAUCCGUGGCCAUGCAUAAUCACACCUCAACAUUCGUAGCCAUGCGCAAUUACACCUCUACAUCACCCCCCCUUGUACAGCUCGCAGCCGUCCCUGGCUGCAAAAAAAACGUGAAUAAAGGUGCAUUCCUCACGAAAACCCCGUGUGUGUGCCUCGCGUAAUUUUUAACAAGAACAAGAGAAUCUUAACAAGAACAACAACAGGAAGAGAGAGAGAGAGAGAGAGAAAAAAAUAACCCGACGCGCUCCCCCCGAAUAAACACCCCAAAACCAACAUAUAUACACACUCCGGACGCCACCCCUCCCAUUGUCCGCAAGGCCCCCCAACGGCCGACCUCACAACAGUCUGCGCGUUUUGGCGCGCGUUCUCGCGGCGGGCCCGUCACAAGGGCCCGUCCCGGCACGCUCAGUGACGGUUGUUGACGGUCCGGGUACAAGAGAGUCAGGCGUCGCUGCCGAGUGACCCCCGACCCCUCCGGGAGGGGUUGGUGGGUGUGGACCCGUCACUCCUGUUGCACCUGGGGACGGAACAGUUGAUGUCAAGUUAGGCGAGUGCAGCGACGUCGGGGAGUCGGCGGAACCCUCACACGUUUGGCCAUGCGUGUGUGCGUGUGAACCCCGGGGCGGCGCGAUGAAUGGUUUCAACCUUGAGGGGUGCACAUACCACCGGCGCCUCCCCCAUUUGACGCGAACACAUUGCGGCCGCAAGACCUGUACGACCUCCACUGGCCCCCGCCACGGCCGUACCAAUUUUGACGAGGUUGCCAGCGGCACCUGGGGACAGUGCAACCACGCCUUGUCCCCCGGUUUCCAUUUGACCACCU